AUGGGAUUUUUUUAUGUUCCAUCUUGUGGUUUAUCUGGUGGAAUGGUGAUUCUUUGGAAGAACAAAGUUGCUGAGUUAUCAGUUAUUAACUACUCUUCUCAAGUGGUCAUUGGUGAUUUGAAGGUACAUAAUAAAUGUCUUUGGAGGAUAGCAACAGUGUAUGGCAGCAUUGAUGUGCAUAAAAGAAAGGAAUUAUGGGAAAUGUUGAACAAACAUUCAGAUGAAGAAAUACCUAUGGCAAUAGGUGGUGAUUUCAACUCCUCUUUUGCGGUGGUGAAGAAAGAAUGGAAUAGAAAUUAUGAAGGUGAUAGUUCUCAAGUGCUUAUCAAGAAAUUUCAAAAAUCUUUGAAAUCACUUUUCUAUUGGAGCAAGGCCAAACAUAAGGAUCUUAACAAUCUAAAAGAGGAGCUUAUGGUGGAAAUCUUGGAGCUUCAAAAUAAAGAAGCAUCUGAAGGAAUUCUCUCAGAAAUAGAUUACUGGAAUCUAAAAAACAAAGUUAAUGAGGUGAAUUCCAUAAUAGCGAGAUUGAAUGAUUGGUGGAAGCAAAGAGCCAAAGUGAAGUGGCUUGUGGAUGGUGAUAAUAAUUCAAAGUUUUUUCAUGCUUAUGCUAGUGCAAGGAGGAAUUCAAAUAAAAUUAUAAAAAUUAAAGAUGAAUUUGGUAAAGUGGUGGAAGAGCAAAAUCUGAUUGAAGAAACUUUCUUCAAUUAUUUUGGUAAGAAAUGGGAAGCUAAGAACUGCAUCCUUCAUGGGUGGCCUGAGGCAAAUGCUCGUUUGAACGAAUCUGAUAGAAGUCAACUGGAAGCAGAUUUUUCUGUGGAAGAAGUGGAGAGAGUGCUGAAAUAA